AUGAUGGAGAAGAAGAAUAAUGAGUUCGCAACUAAGCUGGAGCUGCCCGAGGACUGUGCAUUGGGCAGUGUGACCGACGAUGACAAGAGACUACUUCGCAAGAUUGAUCGGAAGAUCCUUCCGAUCAUGUUCUUGACUUAUUUCCUUCAGAUGAUUGACAAGAUCUCAAUCAAUGUGAGUACUGGAAAAGAUGUCGAAGAUCGAGUGGAAUUGAAACUUAUGCUAAUUCAAACCCAUCAAAAUCAGUAUGCAAAUGUGAUGGGCCUACAAGCCGACUUGGGCAUGCACGGCAACGAUUUCUCAUGGCUAGCAACAGCCUUCUUCAUCGCCUAUGCCCUGGCAGAAAUCCCACAGGGUGCUUUGCUGCAGCGUUUCCCUGUUUCAAAAGUCCUCGGGGCCAAUGUCUUCUGCUGGGGCAUCAUCCUUUGCUGUUCCUCAGCGGUUCAGAAUUUUUCUGGCAUGCUGGCACUUCGCAUCCUCUUGGGGCUCAUGGAAGCCGUCAUCGCACCUUCACUUACGAUGUACACUUCCAUGUGGUAUACAAGAGCUGAAUCGACCCCUCGCUAUGGUUUCUGGUACUGUGGACUGGGUGUUGGACAGAUAGUUGGUGGUCUCGUCUCGUUUGCGGCCCAACAUGCACCAGCAAACCUAUCCUUCGGCGGAUGGCGAAUCAUGUUUGUCGUGAUAGGUGCAGUCAACAUCAUGGUCUCUUUGCUGGUUCUUUUCGUUCUUCCAGAAACUCCCACAAAGGCCAAAUUCCUCACCGAAGCCGAGAAGAAGAGAGUCUUCGAAAGAUUAAAUCAUGAUCAAGCUGGCGUGGGUGAAAAGGUGUUCCGCUGGCGAUCAGUCCUCGAGGCUCUUGCCGACCUCCAAACCUGGUUGCUGGUCCUGCUCACAAUUCUCAUCACCAUUCCCAGUGGUGUCAUUACAACCUUCUCGGCUAUUCUGAUUAAAGGAUUUGGCUAUGAUUCCAAGGAAAGUGCUCUGUUGAACAUGCCCUCGGGAAUUGUCAGCAUUGUCUCGACUAUGGUCUCUACAUAUGCGAUUGCCAAGGGAUUUUCGCGAUGGCUGGCCAUUGAUCUUCUCCUACUUCCAACCCUUGUUGGGUCCUGUCUCAUGUCAUUUUUGCCUGCUGCAAACAAGGGUGGUUGCUUGGCCGGCAUUUAUUUGGUCAAUACUACUGUCGCACCUUUGGCGCUGAUUUACGCAUGGACUGGCGCGAAUUUCAAGGGCUACACAAUGAAGGUCUCCGGUGUCGCAAUUAUUUCCGCCGGUUUCAGCAUCGCCAAUAUCAUCGGUCCCCAGACAUUCCAAGCUAAAGAUGCUCCUCGGUAUAUUCCUGCCAAAAUUACUCUGGUAGCAGUCAACGCCGCGGCAAUUGUGGUCUCCACCUCGCUGCGAAUCAUGUAUGGAAGACGUAACAAGAGGGCUGAUCAGUUGGGUAUGCCAGCACGAAGUUUCAUGGAGGCAAAGAUGGCGAACAAGGGUGGUUUGCAGGAUGUCCAUGAUGAUGAGAACUUCCGCUAUGUGUAUUAG